GGUCCCGGAAGCGGCGUGUGCGGCGUCAUCACAAAAUGGCGGCCUGAGGUGAACGUGAGUCUCCCUCCCCUCAGGCCAGAGAGAUUAAGCCGCAGCCUGUCACCAAGAUGCAGUACUCCCAUCACUGUGAGCAUCUUCUGGAAAGACUGAACAAGCAGCGAGAAGCAGGCUUUCUGUGCGACUGCACUGUAGUGAUUGGUGAAUUCCAGUUCAAAGCUCACCGAAAUGUGCUUGCCUCAUUCAGCGAGUACUUUGGUGCAUUUUACAGAGAUGCCUCUGACAGUAAUGUCGUUUUGGAUCAGACUCAAGUAAAGGCUGAUGGGUUCCAGAAACUUCUGGAGUUUAUCUACACAGGAAACUUGAACCUUGACAGCUGGAAUGUUAAAGAAAUUCACCAGGCUGCUGAUUAUCUCAAAGUGGAGGAAGUGGUCACAAAAUGUAAGAUAAAGAUGGAAGAUUUUGCUUUUAUUGCUAAUCCAUCUUCUACGGAGACAUCUAGCAUCACUGGAAACAUUGAAAUGAACCAGCAGACUUGCCUGCUCACCCUUCGAGAUUACAAUAAUCGGGAGAAACCAGAUACCCCUUCUUCAGAUGUGAUUCAGCCACAAGCAAAAAAGGGGGCAUUGGAAAAAAAAUCUGCACAAGCCAAAAGGCGAAAGAAGAAUUUUAAUUCACAGAAAAAUGCUCAGAAUAAACCAGUGCAAUAUCAGAACGAUGUACUCGAGAACUCAUCAGUUGAAAUGUUCUUAGAUGCAAAUAAACUGGCCGUGCAGAUAACGGAGCAGGCAGCCCAAGGUAGCGAUAACUCAGAGCUGCAGCUGGCAUCUGUGAUAGAAAGUGAGACUUUGGCAGCACAGGAUAUUCUAGUUCAGACUAUUACUGCAAAACAAAAACGGGGGAAGUCACAACAGAAUGGUGCACUGAGAGAGCACUGCAUGUCCAACAUAGCCAGCAAAAAGAACUCUUACCAACUGCAGAGCUCAGAAGAACUUGAUCAGAAAUACUCCAAAACCAAGCCAGUGUGCAACAUUUGUGGGAAAGUGUUUUCAGAAGCCAGUAGCCUACGGCGACACAUGAGGAUCCAUAAAGGAGUAAAGCCUUAUGUGUGCCAGCUCUGUGGGAAGGCAUUUACCCAGUGUAAUCAGCUGAAAACACAUGUAAGAACUCAUACAGGAGAGAAGCCAUACAAAUGUGAACUAUGCGACAAAGGUUUUGCCCAGAAAUGCCAGCUGGUUUUCCACAGUCGGAUGCAUCACGGCGAGGAGAAACCAUACAAGUGUGAUGUGUGCAAUCUGCAGUUUGCAACAUCGAGCAACCUAAAGAUCCAUGCCAGGAAGCACAGUGGGGAGAAGCCUUACGUGUGUGACAGGUGUGGCCAGAGGUUUGCUCAAGCCAGCACACUCACGUACCAUGUGCGGCGCCACACGGGUGAGAAGCCGUAUGUGUGCGAUACCUGCGGGAAGGCAUUUGCAGUCUCUAGUUCUCUUAUCACCCACUCCAGAAAGCACACAGGAGAGAAACCGUAUAUAUGCGGCAUUUGUGGCAAGAGUUUUAUUUCCUCAGGCGAGCUUAACAAACACUUUCGUUCCCAUACAGGAGAAAGACCAUUUAUCUGUGAAUUGUGUGGAAAUUCUUACACAGAUAUAAAAAACCUGAAGAAGCACAAAACAAAAGUUCACACAGGAUCUGAAAAUCCUCCUGAUUCUAGCACAGUGGAUAAUUCCUUCAGUGAACAAGAACCAAUUCAACAUGAGAAGAGUCCUUUGUCGGAGUCUAUAGACGUGAAGCCUUCGGAAAUGUCUUUACCACUUCCUCUCUCCAUUGGGACAGAAGACCAUCAGAUGCUGCUUCCUGUAACUGGUAAUCAGUCUCCUUCCUCAGAAACAUUACUGAGAUCUACUGUGACUGGAUAUUCAGAACCUCAGUUUAUUUUCUUACAGCAGCUGUACUAACUCUGUGCAAUAUGGAACUAACAAGGCAAUCUAGUUGUGAACGUUAUUCAGGUCAUUAGUAAGAUGAACGUAGCAACAGCCUGAACAAUGCUUUUGAGUUGGAUUUACUUUUUUUCCUUCCAUUUUUCUGAGUGAAGACACUUGGUAAUGCAACUACAUAGUACAGUGCUGGUUUUUAUUUCUCGUUAAGUUUUGCUAAUCUAGAAUCAUCAGGUUUGUCACUGAUAGUUGACACUGAUGGUUUUUAGGAGGUAAGUCCUGUUCAGUAACACCUGCCUUAAGAAUUCUAUUAAAAAAGUAAACAUAUCCUGGCUUUGUGCUGAUUGUGUCACAAUGUCAUUUGUGAGCAGACAUUUAAGCCAUAUAGUUGUUGCUGUUAGCUUAUUUUAAUGAACUUAGCUCAGAGGUGUGGUCCUAAUGGAUUGCCUUGUCC